CCGCUCGAAGCGCUGCGAGCGGGGGAGGCGGCGCCGCCGGAGCCGCCCCGGGGAUCGGAUCGCGCUCCGGGCCGCGGUGCCGGAGCCCCCCCCGGAGCCCCGGGGAUGCGGCGGGCGGCGGCGCUGGUGCUGCUGGCGGCGGCGCUGAGCGGCGGGCGGGCGGCUCGGGGCUGCCCCGCGCUCAGCCCGGGCUGCAAGUGCGGGGCCGAGCGGCCCAAAGCGCCCGCCGCGCCCCGCAGGAGGGUGCUCUGCUCCGGAGCGGGGCUCCCCGCGCCCCCCGAGCCGCGCCUGCUGCCCCUCGGCACCGCCACGCUGCUGCUGAGUAACAACAAGAUCACGGUGCUGGAGAACGGCUCUUUCUUCGGGUUGUGGGCUCUGGAAAAGCUGGACCUGAAGAACAACCUGAUCAGCACGGUCCAGCCAGGUGCCUUCCUCGGCCUCCCCGAGCUGAAGCGCCUGGACCUCUCCAACAACCGUAUCGGCUGCCUGAGCGCCAGCGUCUUCCAGGGGCUCUCCAACCUCCUCAGGCUGAACAUGUCCGGGAACAUCUUCUCCAGCCUCCCACCCGGUGUUUUCGACGAGCUUCCCUCCCUGAAAGUCGUGGAUUUUGCCACUGAGUACCUGACGUGCGACUGCAACCUGCGCUGGGUGCUGCCCUGGGCUCGCAACCGCUCGGCGCAGAUCUCGGAGCGGACAGCAUGUGUCUACCCCCGGCAGCUCCACGCCUUCCCCUUGCGCAGCGCGCGGGACAGCCAGCUCCGCUGCGCGGGUGCCCCGGAGCUGCACACCCACCACCUCAUCCCAUCGCUGCGCCAGGUGGUUUUCCAGGGCGAUCGGCUGCCCUUCCAGUGCACCGCCACCUACCUGGACAACAGCACCCAGAUCCGGUGGUACCACAACCGCGAGCCGGUGGAGGAGGAUGAGCAGACGGGUGUCAUCGUGGAGGAGAGCCUCAUCCAUGACUGUACUUUCAUCACCAGCGAGCUCAUCCUCUCCAACAUCCAUGUCUCCGCCAAUGGCGAGUGGGAGUGUGCCGUCUCCACCUCGCAGGGCAACGUCAGCAAGAAGGUGGAGAUCGUGGUACUGGAGACCUCCGCAUCCUACUGCCCUGCUGAGCGGGUCACCAACAACCGUGGGGACUUCAGGUGGCCCCGCACCCUGGCCGGCAUCACUGCCUUCCAGCCCUGCCUGCAGUACCCCUUUGCUGUGGGGCCGGCGGCCGGCGGCGGCGCGUUGGGCGAGAAGCAGGCGUGGCGGCGGUGCGACCGCGCCGGGCGCUGGGAGGAUGGCAACUACUCCCACUGCCUCUACACCAACGACAUCACUCGUGUCCUCUACACCUUCGUGCUGAUGCCCAUCAACGCCUCCAACGCCCUGACCCUGGCUCACCAGCUCCGCGUCUACACAGCCGAGGCAGCCAACUUCUCCGACAUGGUUGACGUCCUCUACGUGGCCCAGAUGAUCGAGAAGUUUAUCGGCUAUGUCGACCAGAUCAAGCAGCUGACGGACGUCAUCGUGGAGAUGGCCAGCAACAUCAUGCUGGUGGACGACCACAUCCUGUGGAUGUCGCAGAAGGAGGAGAGGGCUUGCACCAGCAUCGUCCGCUCCCUGGAGAAGCUCGCCGCUCACACGCUCGGCAGCAACUCCCAGCACAUGGCGGUGAACUCACGCAACAUCGCCUUCGAGGCAUACGUGGUGAAGCCCGAGAGCUACGUGGGGCUGAGCUGUGUGGCUUUCCAGCGUCGGGACGGGGGUCUGGCUGGGCGUCCCCCCUCAGCCGAGCGGGGCACCGAGCCCAUGCCCGACCAGCAGCUGAGGCUGCGCUGCACCACGGGGCGCCCCAACAUCUCCCUGACCAGCUUCCACAUCAAGAACAGCAUCGCCCUGGCCUCCAUCCAGCUGCCACCCAGCCUUUUCGCCAGCUCCGUCCCGUCCACUCCGCUGGCCGACUGCAAGCUCCAGCUGCUGGUCUUCCGCAACGGGAAGCUCUUCUGCAGCACGGGCAACUCUUCCCGCCUGGCUGACGAUGGCAAACGCCGCAGCGUGGCCACACCAGUCAUCUACGCGGGGACCUACGGCUGCAGAGUGGGAAACCUUUCAGAGCCGGUGACCGUGUCGCUGCGACACCCCGGGGAGGGCGCAGACCCGGUGGCCGCGUAUUGGAACUUCGAGGUGCUGGGGGGAAUGGGGGGCUGGAGCGCCGAGGGCUGCCAGCUGGCUGCCCAGGAGCCCAACGUCACCUCCCUGCACUGCCGGCAUCUCAGCAACGUGGCUGUGCUCAUGGAGCUCAGUGGCUUCCCCAGUGAGGCACACGGCGCCGUGGAGGUGCUGCAUCCAGCCAUGUACACCUGCACGGCCGUGCUGCUGCUCUGCCUCUUCACCACCAUCAUCACCUACAUCGUCAACCACAGCACCAUUCUCAUCCCGCGGAAGGGCUGGCACAUGCUGCUUAAUCUCUGCUUCCACAUCGCAAUGACGGCCGCUGUCUUCGCAGGAGGCAUCACCCUCACUGGCUACUUGAUCGUCUGUCAAGCGGUCGGCAUCAUCUUGCACUACUCCUCCCUCUCCACCCUGCUCUGGAUGGCGGUGAAAGCCAGAGUGCUCUACAAGGAGGUGACCUGGAAAGCACCGCGGCAGCCGGAUGGAGACACAUCCCAGCCAGCCCCCAGACCCAUGCUACGGUUCUACCUAAUCGCCGGCGGGAUACCCCUCAUCAUCUGCGGGAUCACUGCAGCCGUCAACAUCCACAACUACCAUGACAACAACCCCUACUGCUGGCUGGUGUGGCGGCCCAGCCUGGGCGCCUUCUACAUCCCCGUGGCUUUCAUCUUGCUCGUCACCUGGAUUUACUUCCUCUGUGCCGGGCUCAGCCUCCAGUGCCGACCAUCGCGCCAGAAAGAUGUCCCAAAGCCUCUGGAGCCGCCACCACGGCUGGGAGGAGCUGGUGACCUCCUAACAGACUCGGGGUCCAUCUCGGUGACGCUGAACGCGGGGCUGCCCUGCCCCGAGGUGGACGGCGUCUACUCCCUGCAGGUGCAAUUCUGGGCAUUGGUGACCACCCACGCCUUGUACGUCGCCUUGUGGACGUUCGGCGCCAUGGCCGUGUCCCAGCGCUGGUACCUCAACAUCGUCUUCAGCUGCCUCUACGGCAUCACCGCCGUGGCACUGGGACUCUUCAUCUUCAUCCAUCAUUGCAUCCGGCGCCGGGAUGUCCUCAACUCCUGGUUCUCCUGCUGCCCCUCCUACGGGAACGCACUGCCCAUGCAGGCGUACGUCCACCCCGGGCUUGUGCCGGAGGAUGGCUCGCAGGUCUUCAUCGGCUGCGAUCCGGAGGCGGCUCGCUCCGGUGCCUCCUCCUCGCCCAGCAGCGCCGGCUCGGCCGCGGGCCGCUGCAAGCUCACCAACCUGCAGGUAGCCCAGAGCCAGGUGGAUGCUCGCCCGGCCGCCUGCCCGGAGCUGGACCCCGCCGACGGCAAGAGCGCCGGCACCAGCAGGCACGCCAGCAACCUCCACGGCCGCAGGAACCACCGGGGCAGAACUAAGCCAGGACGGGACGGGAAGCACCACCGCUUGAAAAUGCUGCGGGGCCCCUCGUCUGAGCAUCCCUCCAGCGAGAGCGGGAGCGUCCACAACAGCCACUCCGAGAGCUACCACAGCGGCAGGAACAGCCCCGUCGGCAGCGGCCGCGCCGCACCGCAGGCUCCCCAGGACGUGGAGACGGCGCCCAGCCACUCGGAAGGCAGCGACGGCGGACGGCGGGUGCCGGACUUCGCCGAGGCUCGACGGAGGAGCGCCAGCAGGGACAACCUGCGGCAAGCCAGCGCGGCCGAGAAGGAGGCGAAGCGUCGGUCCUACCCGCUCAACGUGGCCAGCCACAACGGCGGCCUCAAGGGCAGCAAGUACGACAUCAACCUGGCCAGCACCGACGGCGUGGCCGGCAUGAAGACCGGCCUGUGGAAGAGUGAAACCACCGUGUAAAGGUGGCGAAGGAUUGGAUGGCCACAGCGUUUUCCUCCGGGAGCCUGCAAGGAGGCAACGCUGCGGGCAUCGCCGCGUGCACUAGUGGGGACGGACGGCACAGCCAGGGGCUCCGGCUCGAGGGCGAUGCCGAGCCCGAUCCAUCUCCCACAGAGGCUCAAAGCUUCCCACGGCAACGCCGGGGUGUCGAGUGAAAGGCAAUCCCUGCUCUUCAGCAGCCUGAAUUGCAACCGUACUUCAAUCGCUCCUGCAUGUCACUUCAGACUGAUCCUAAAUGCUAUUUUAUAAUAUACAGAGGAAACAAAAGUCUAUUUUUCAAAGCUCUAUUAUUGAAUGUAUAUAUAUAUAUAUAUAUAUAUAGACAGAUCAGUAAGUGAUGCAAGUGCCUCGUUACCGACCAGUGUUCUCCAGGAGCGGGCAAGCCCCACGGCGCUUUGGCAAUCGCCCGCUCGUGCCGCGACUGCAAUAUUCCCGACGAGGGAACCACACCGGGCGCCCUUUACGCCCCGGCACCGUAGCGCCGAUGCCGGUGUGACCCCGGCCUGAGGAAGCUGCUUCUCAGCGAGUCAGAGUGGCUCCUGCGCCUGAAAUAGUUUUACAUGGUAAAGUUUGACUCGCGUGGGUAAAGACGCCAGCGUUUCGCCCCGUGGGUUAUGCAGCUGCCAAAGUAAAAAAGCCAUAUCGCAAAGCCAGCACAAGGUAAGCGGAGCCUCAGCUCCGAGGCGGUUGUCUGCACUGUUUUAAUGCCAGACACUAAAAUCCCAGCCAGAAAAGGCCCCCGAGCCCUCGGAGGUGUAAGCUAUGCAAUGAGGUGGGCUGCGGAGCCGUACCGCUCCCGGAGCCAAAGCCAACCCUCUCCACCAAAGCACCAAAGAGCCAAGCUGUGGGCAGAGCCAGACCAGGUCCUCAUCCCCAAACCAGCUUAGAAACUCCCGAGUUUGCUCCUGGGAAGGCAAAGAAGGCCCUGAACUCGUGUUGGACGUUCCUGGGGAAGUGGGAGAACGAUGCCAGUUAAUAGGGACCUUCCCUGAGCAGCUCAUGCCAUGCAUUCGAAGGGCUGGAACUUGGAUAAGCACUUAUUUUUUCCCCAUUUAUAAACAAGUCUUCCCCCCUUUUGUUUUUUCCUCUCCUGCAAAUAAAAAGCCACCUGGUGGGCAGCAGCGGGCGCUGGGAGCCUUCUCCCACUGGGUCUUGAAGGUUUCCUAAGACAAGAGAGCUCCCAUCCCGUGCUGGUCCAGCACUGCCUGCCCUGCCCACCCCUUGUCCGGCUGCUGAUGCCAACCUCAGCCCUAGGAGGGAUGCAGAGGAGGCGGGAUGGGAGCCUGCAGCCUCCUCUGCCCUUUCCAGCCUCCCCCACCUCCGUUUUCUCCUGUGUGCCAAUGAGUUUAAUUAGCUACCUCCCGAGGGGUCGCGAGGACCAGGCAGGGGCUGGCAGGGAGGGGGAGUUAAAAAGCACUUGGAUUUGUCCGAAACCCUCGGGAACCCUCUUCCCACCCGAUGGCUUCGCCCCUGUUUCCCUGCGCCUGCUUUUUAUUACGAUUCCCAUCCUCGUUGUUGCUCCCGCAGCCUGCACAGUCUCGCUGACGCUGAGUUGUUAUAUACGCUUGCUGCACUGUGACAGUAUUAUAUCAAAAGCUUUGUAUUAUUAUUAUUAAUUACACUUUUCUUUGUCUGUUUACAAGCAAAUGACAUAUCAACAGAGAGCUUCUUGCAAUAUACGGGGGAGGGAGGGGAAAGUAUGCCAAAGAAAUGUCUUUAAAGGGGUCUUUUUGCAUUUUUAUAUGAAUAGAAGGUUUCUAGCAGAUAUGUUUUGUUUAAUAUAUUAAAGAUUUGCCAAUCUGCCAAGA